UUUUAAUUUAUGGUUAAUUUUUUCUCUUUUUUCACCAAUAACCUAGUUGAUUAACGAAGAAAAUCAAAUGUUAACAAUCAAUUAAUUCCAAUUUUCAUCUUUUCAUUAUCUUAACUUUUUCCAAAAUUUUCCAUAACAUCAGCUGAUUGAUUUUCCAUUUUUUUCUUAUUUCAAUUAUGUGAUUUAAUUUUCUUUUUUCAUCAUUUCAAUGGAUUUAAUUUUUCUAGCAAUUGGAUUUAUAUUAAUCUGGGUGACCAUUUUAUUCACUCAUUAUCUUCUAGUGUCAUGUUAUGUUCAUCCAUAUCUUAAUCUUUCCAAGUUAAUUGGACUGAAGAUUAAACCAUUUUACUUUGGAAUCUAUUGGAAUAGAUUUCAUCAUGGAAUAGUUCAUUUCACUAGGAAUUAUAGUCAACCGAUUAAAUUAUGGACCAACUUUGGCGUGUUGGCUUCUUUCUUCCUAAUCCCGAUCUCGAUUUGUAUAUUAAUUCAAACCAUUUUCAAUUUGGUCUCAUUCAAUAAGACAAAUUCACCAAAUGAUUUCGGUUCAUUGGAACCAUUUCUUCCUGGAGUAAAUUUACCUCUUGAUGAAAUAUUUUACUACGUUACUGCUCUUCUCAUUUCAAGUGUUCUUCACGAGUUUGGACAUUUUAUCGCAGCAAUAAGAGAAGGAGUCAAAGUUAACGGAGUUGGUUUAUCGAUAUUCGCUAUCUUACCAAUUGCUUAUGUCGAUAUUUCUGAAGAUCAACUUAGAAAAAUUUCCAUCGGUGGUAGAUUAAGAAUCUUUUGCGCUGGAGUUUGGCACAAUUUAAUUCUUGGUCUGAUAACGGCCAUUCUGUUAUUAGCUAAUCCAGGCCUUUUGUAUCCUUUAUAUUCAACAGGAAAUGGAGUCGUUGUUUUAAAUACUCAAACGAACUGGGAGACAACAGGUAUUCAUGGAAUCCAAUCAAGCGAUUUGAUAACUAGUAUCAAUAGAAAUUGUUUCAUUACCAAUAAGGAUGAUUGGAAAUAUUGUUUUCGCCAAUUAAUUAACAAUCCAGAUGAAGGUUAUUGUAUACCCGAUUCUUUUGUCACCAAAGAGCACUUGAAACCGGAAAAGAAGGGUGUUUGUUGUGAUGAAACGAUGAAAAGACAUUUAUGUUUCGAUUCACUAAUCGAUCAGCGACAAUUGUGUUUACCGGCUCGACAAAUUUUGGAAAGAUAUCAAACCAAUUGUAAUGAAACAGUUGAUUGUCUUAUGGGCCAUUCUUGUAUUCGUCCGAGAAGUGAAAAUGAUGGAUUUAGAUUAAUCGAAUUACAAAGAAACGAUAAACCCUCUUUCCUUUUCUGGGGUCACCCUUAUGAGAUUUAUUUGUCUCUCUCGGUGAUUAACUAUAAACCUCGAUUCAAUUUCUUACCUUUAUCGUUAAUCCAACGAUGGGAAACACUUUUAAGAUAUGUAACCUCAUUCUCUUUGGCUUUGGCUCUUCUAAAUUCUGUCCCUUGUUUCGUGAUGGAUGGAAAAUAUAUCGCCAAAAGUUUAUUAGAACUUCUUUUCCGUCGAUUUUCAACCAAAAAAUCAUUGAAAUUGGUCAAUUCAAUUCUAUCAACAUUUGGAUCUAUUUUGGUCUGUUGUUGUGUUUUCUUUGGUUUUGUGAAGAUAAUUUUUCGUCAACAAAAUUUAUCAAACAAUUUCUUUUUCAACUGGUCAACCUAAUUACAUUAAUGUCAUCUUAAUGAUAAUUUAAUUGUCAAUGCCAAGUACCUCAUCAGCAAGAUGAUCAAAAUGGACACAAAUACAAACACAAACAAAAAAUAUGAUCUCAUAUUUGUAUUGUAAUAAGCAAAAUAUUACUAACUUAUUUUUUAUCAUUUUCUCUCUAUACGUUUUAAUCGUAUCAUCUUAAAUGUAUAUUAAAUAUAUAAACAA